AUGAAGCCAGGGGUCAAAAGACAGCCCAAAAUACUAAGUAGAGGAGAAAUCAUUGAGUUAAUUUCUCAAGGAAAGGCUAUAGUUAUUUAUAAGAAUUAUGUUUUGAAUCUAACAUCUUGGUUACCCAAGCACCCUGGAGGUGAAAAGGCAGUCCAUCAUAUGAUUGGAAGAGAUGCCACUGAUGAAAUGAAUGCUUACCAUAGUGCCGAAUCAAUUGAAAGUUUUACGAAUUGGAAAGUUGGGCAAAUUGAUUACUUUUGGGAAAACUUAUUACCACCAAUUCAGGGAGCGGUUUAUACUGGUGGUGAUAAGGCCUUGGCAUCACAUACGUUGUUGGAGAAUAAAUUGGACCAAGGAAGUGCUAGCAAUAGUGAUGUCGAUCUUGUAUCGAGUGCAAGUUCUACUAGCUCAGUCGAUGAAGAAAAUAAGCCUAAGGUAGUUGAGAAUAAAGGGUUGGGAUUUCCUAAGGGGAAGGUUGAGGCCAAUAAAACCAGGAUCAUCACGAAAGAGAAUAUGGAUGAAGUUUUCCCGGUGAAAGAUUAUCCAAUUAUCGACCCCAAAGAAUUGGUGCAAAAUUAUGAUAAUGCCUUAACUCAACAAGAUGUAUUGGGAGUUCCAAGUUUAGAUUAUAAGACGCAGCAACAUUUGAGGGAUAAAUAUAAUGAAUUACAUGCCAAGGUGAUUAACUUGGGAUUAUAUGAAUGUCACUACUGGUCAUAUGUUCGAGAACUUAUUAAGAUUGGAAGUCUUGUUCUUUAUUCAUUUUCAUUUUUAAAAUUGAAAUACUAUUUUCUAAGUGCAAUUUUCAUUGGAUUGGCAUGGCACCAAGGUACUUUUAUAGCACACGAUGCUGGCCAUGUACUGAUUACCCAUGAUUACCAAUAUGAUAAUUUAUUUGGAAUGUUAAUUGCCGAUUUUUUCGGAGGGUUAAGUUUAGGAUGGUGGAAACGGAAUCAUAACGUUCACCAUUUGAUAACCAAUGAUCCAGUACACGAUCCUGAUAUUCAACAUUUACCGUUUUUUGCAGUUAGUGUUAAACUUUUCAAUGAUGUUUAUUCUACGUAUUAUGAAAAAUAUUUACCCUUGGAUGCGUUUGCUAAAAAAUUGAUUCCAAUACAAGAGUAUUUAUAUUACCCGAUUCUUUGUUUUGGUCGAUUCAAUUUAUAUAGAUUAUCCUGGAUGCAUGUUUUGAAUGGAGAUGGACCACGUAGGGGGAAAGCUGCUUGGUUCAGAUACUUUGAAUUAGUUGGAUUAUCAUUUUUCUUUUAUUGGUUUUUUUAUCUUAUAGUUGGUAAAACUAUUGAAGGAGGAUGGAAUAAGUUCAAUUACGUUAUGGUUAGUCAUAUUGCAACCAUGUUAGUUCAUGUUCAAAUUACAUUAUCGCAUUUUGCAAUGUCAACCAGUGAUUUAGGAACCAGUGAAAGUUUCCCUUCAAGACAAGUCAGAACCACAAUGGAUGUCGACUGUCCCGAAUGGUUAGAUUUUCUUCAUGGAGGAUUACAAUUUCAAGCAAUACAUCACUUAUUCCCAAGAUUACCCCGUCAUAAUUUAAGAAAAGCACAACCUUAUGUACUUGAUUUUUGUCGGGAUGUUGGUUUAAGAUAUUCUAUUUAUGGGUUUGGAAAAGGGAAUGAAAUCAUCAUUGGUAAAUUAGGUGAAAUAGGAAAACAAUGCAGCAUCAUGUUAGAUUGUACUAAACUGUUACCCCAUGUUGAUCAUUAA